GCCUGGGGGGCUGCGCUGUGUUUGUAGCUUUGUCGCGAUAUGAGUAUAGGCUGUGCGAGCCUUUUCUGAGUAACCGUACGGCGCCGAGUACACUGCGGGGCCCGCCAACCAACAUGGUGCUGACCAUCAAGGAGGCGAAAAUGGCGCUGGUGUCGGCCGACACGCGGAUCUCCGAGCUCCUCGGCGAACUCCACCAGCUCAUCAAGCAGACGCAGGAGGAGCGCUCGAGGAGCGAACACAACCUGGUCAACAUACAGAAGACCCACGAGCGCAUGCAGACCGAGAAUAAGAUCUCUCCGUAUUAUCGCACCAAACUCCGGGGUCUUUAUACCACGGCGAAGGCGGACGCCGAGGCGGAGUGCAACAUCCUGCGCAGGUCUCUGGAUAAGAUCGCCGAGAUAAAGUCUCUCCUGGAGGAGCGGCGUAUCGCUGCAAAGAUCGCCGGAUUGUACCACGACUCGGAGCCGCCGCGGAAGACCAUGCGGCGCGGGGUGCUGAUGACUCUCCUCCAGCAGUCUGCCAUGACGCUGCCCUUAUGGAUCGGGAAGCCUGGGGAGAAACCCCCUCCUCUGUGUGGGGCGAUCCCGGCGUCCAGCGACUACGUGGCGAAGCCGGGAGACAAGGUGGCGGCGCGCGUGAAGGCCGUGGAUGGCGAUGAGCAGUGGAUACUGGCCGAGGUGGUCAGUUACAGCCACGCCGCCAACAAGUAUGAAGUGGACGACAUCGACGAGGAGGGUAAAGAGCGUCACACCCUCAGCCGCCGGCGGAUCAUCCCGCUGCCGCAGUGGAAAGCCAACCCGGAGACGGACCCCGAGGCUCUGUUCCAGAAGGACCAGUUGGUUCUGGCUCUGUACCCGCAGACCACCUGCUUCUACCGGGCGCUGAUCCACACCCCCCCGCAGCGGCCGCAGGAUGAUUAUUCCGUGCUCUUCGAAGACACGUCGUACGCUGACGGUUACUCGCCGCCUCUGAACGUGGCCCAGAGAUACGUGGUCGCCUGCAAGGAGCCGAAGAAAAAGUGAAGCGAGCGGCCGGGGCUGAUUUUGGGGCAGAACCUUCCUUUUUAUUUUUUAACUAUUAAGUUUUCUCUCCUUUCCCCGCAUUAACCCUCCGGUGACCUCUCUUUACGUCUCUCGUGGGUUUUCUGUAUAAAUGUUUUAAACGCCAGCGGUUUCAGGUAGCGGCCCCUGGGGCCUGAUUCACUGCGCUGCGUGUCUGGGUCGGCCCCCCGGACCGGUUCGUAGCCACCCUAUUUCCUAACACAGGGCAGUUGGGAACCGUUUUCUGAAACUCCACAAGAAAUGCUGUUUGUGGGGCUGGAGACUCUUUUACCGAAACUAAAUUAAUUUAUUAAAACUACCCGGAUCCCGAGUGAUU